AUGCUACGACGCGGAUGUAUACGGGUAAAGCUUCCCGAAGAGACAGAACUCCAAGGAUCCCUCACCUUCAAAAAAGGCAAUCGAGAUAAGACUUGUAGAGGUGGAGAGACUGCUAAUUUUGUAUUUCGCCCGUCCGAUGGCUACCUGUCGUUGAGGACAAGAAUUCAAACACUUGCAAGAGCACGGCGAGAAGGACAGCCUGCUCUUCCCCUUGGAGACAACUUUGCGAUAUUUUUCAAGCGCUGCAAGAAUGCCAUUCAAUCUCAGUUGGUGGAGCUGACAGCGGUCAACUUUAUGGACCUACUGAAAUCCCGCUGGUGCAGGAUCCCGGACUCGGACGUUACCACUGCAGUUCGAGAAACAACCUUUGAGUUUUUUGUCUACUACAUACCACCACAAGUCCAGGCUGGAGAUUCCGCAAAUCCAAAUCCAAAUCCAAAUCCAAAUCAAGAACUAAGGCAAAACGAACGAUUUGGAGCUGCGGGAGAACUUCCCGAAGACGUGGUAGAACUCCAAGGAUCAGUCACAUUCAAAAAAGGGAAUCGAGAAGGGAAACCUCGAGGUGGAGAGACUUCAAAUUUUGUAUUUCGAGCGUCAGAUGGUUACCUUUUAUUGAGAGCAAGAGUCGUAACACUUGCAGGGCAACGAGAAGGGCAGCCUCCUCCACUUUCCGACGACUUUACGAUAUUUUUCAAACACGCUAAGCAUGCCACCCAAAAUCAAUUUGUGGAGCUCACAGCGGCUAACUUUAUGGACCAGUUGAAAACCCGCUGGUCAAGAAUUACGGCAUUGGAUAUGGCAACUUUUAACGAAUCGAACACCACACCUGUGCGAGGGACAACCUUUGAGUUUUUCAUCUACAUACCGAGACGAUCUCAGGCGCGACGGCGAAUAAGAACGACCAAAAAAAAUCCAAAUCCAAAUGGAAACCCAAACCCAAAUCCAAACCCAAAUCCAAAUCCAAACCCAAACCCAAAUCCAAACGCAAAUCCAAACCCAAACCCAAAUCCAAACCCAAACCCAAAUGCAAAUCCACCACAUCCAAAUCCAAAUCCAAACCCAAAUCCACCAAAUCCAAAUGCAAUUCCACCACAUCCAAUUGCAACUACAAAUCCACCAUAUCCAAAUCCACAUCCACCACAUCCAAAUGCAAAUACAAAUGCACAAUAUCCAUAUCCAUAUCCAAAUACAAACCCACCACAUCCACAUCCAUAUCAAAAUUCACAUUAUCCAUAUCCGUAUCCAUACCCGCCCUAUCCCUUUCCACGUCCACGCCCAAAUCAACAAGAGACGCAAAGGCAAAACGAAUCUGUAGCACCGGCAAGAAACAACAACAAUCUAGAGCUUCUUGGGGAUCAGGCGGCGGCAGCUGCAGAGCGACAACCACCCAACGCCAGCUUCAUUAGGCCUAUUCAAAUAGAGCUGAAUGGAACCAUGGUGGAGAUUGGUGUGGACGUUCGGUCUCUUCGUAGGGCCCUUGGGUUUCCACCAGAGGGACCUAUCGUCUUGAUGGGAGAUCCGCGUCAUGCAUAA